AUGUCAACCAACAGAAGAAUUUUAACCAAAAAAACUGAAAAUAUAUCUAAUUUUAUAAAUAACUAUCAUUCUGAUGUUAUAAAUGAAGUUGAAGAAUCCAUUACCAAUAAUAGAGUAGUUGUAGUUGGUAUGGCUUAUAAUCCUCAUGUUUCCAAAGUAAACAAGGUUUUAGGUGAACAAGGAGUUCAAUUUAAAUACUUAGAAUACGGAUCAUACUUUUCCAUGUGGUCACAACGUUUAAGCAUUAAGAUGUUCACUGGUUUCCCAACAUAUCCUCAAGUAUUUGUUGAUGGUACUUUAAUUGGUGGUUGUGAUGAUACAAUUAAAGAAUUAAAUGAAGGAACUUUGUUUAAUGAUUUAAAAAAAAAAUAA